AUGGCUGGUGCUGUGGAGGCUCCUGGACAGCUUCCCACGAUGAGUUCGUCAGUCUUCAUUUGCGCAUUGCACUGCGCCAGCUUCUUGAUGAUGACGAAUGUCGUCAUGCAAAAGAUUGCACUUUGCAGGCAAGGUCUGGAUGCUUUGCAGAGACGAAGCCGAGCUAAGCAAGGUCCCCUCGAGGAUGCUGACAAUCUAGCUGCUACAGCUGACGUCGAUCUUGGUGUUGAUAUAGAUGUAGAUGCGGAUGACUUGCAGGCUCAAUUCGGGUGCUAUGGAGGAAGUGCCUCCAAGUACUAUCUGAAUUGGGAAGCAAGUGGAAAGUCCUUCUUCAAAGACUGGACAUUUGUGACAGAAGAUCCAACGAAUGGAGAGGUCAACUACGUCCCACGAGAGGCUGCGAUUUCCGAAGGACUUGUUGAAACUUUUCAGGACCAUGCGGUCAUCCGCGUAGGUGCCCUGGAAAACGGAUUAGAGGAGUCCUUGAGCCUCACCAUCUGCACCUUCAACGUGCUUUGUGAACGCUUUGAGAAGAAGAUCUUGAAGGAUGGGCAGAUUGAGGAGUGGAAGUGGGAGGAGCGCAAGGACUCCCUGGUGGCAGAAAUCCUUCGCUGUGAGGCGGACAUCGUGUGCCUACAAGAAGUUGAUCACUUUCAGGAUUUCUUCGAGCCCGUGCUGUGCCGAUAUGGCUAUGAAGGCUAUUUUGUCCCCAAGACAAAAGGCUUUGAUCGAAUCGCAGAGACUGAAGGACAGGCCAUUUUUGUAUGGACGGAACGAUUUAGCGUCCAGCAGGCCAUCUGUUGGACAAGCAUUGACUUAAGAAGUGGUAAAUGGCGCAAACAUACCAACAAGUGGAAGAACCAGAUUAAGCCAUCGCCGGGCAGAUUUCAGAUCGUAUAUGGCCAUGAGAAAGCACUUGAGAUGAUGCCACAGGUUGCUCUUGGAUUGUUUCUUCAAUCAAAAGGAUCGCACCAAAGCAUCCUUGCAACCUGCAUGCAUUUGAAAUCCAAACCAGCCGAAUUGCCUGAUGGAAUGAAAGAAGCUGAGCUCAAGAAGAUACAGUGCCAAUAUUUCUUGACGUCCGUCAUUGAUGCUUCAAACAUGUGGGCUCCCAACAUGCCCGUGCUGUGUGCAGGGGAUUUCAACAUCCAUCCCACAAAACAUACUACAGAAGCUGAAGCAUUUGAAGGAUUUGCGGAAGCUAUCCAAGAAGCCUGUUUGGUAGAUGCCUAUGCCAGUGGACCAGAACGUUUGCCCAGAAACAGCAGUGAAACUGUUGUGGACUUUAUCUUGGUGUCAAGUGCAAAUCUGGACCGUGUCAAGUCAACAUUAGAAGUGGUUCUGAGUGAACCCAAACCCAAACCGAAGAACUACCCAUCAGAUCAUUUGAUACGCAAGCGAAAUACUGUCAGGGUCCAAACCAAAAAGGCCUGGGAUCCCACGAAGUCUUUUCUCGUGACGAUGAAGUACCGUCACGUUCCAUAUGGUGCAGGGGUGUGGCCAGCGUUUUGGACUAUGUCCAGUGACCACGUUUGGCCGGAGGGAGGUGAGCUGGAUAUCGCGGAAUUCGCGAACGAUCAGCCGAAUUUGAUCACGCUCCAUGUGCGUGGCGAGUGCUCCAUGAACAAGGAGAAGCUGCGCUUGUGCACACCGGCAUCCUACACAUGGUAUGAUACGAUCUCCACAUCCUGUGACACCGACUAUGGUCAGCAACGACAAGGAUGCAAACCACCACAGAAGCGCUAUCUUGGCGAGAUCUUCAAUAUGUACCCUGGAACUUUUGCUGCUGAGUGGAACAAUAAUACCAUCAAGGUCUGGCACUUUCCCGAAGGAAGCGAGCCAGCGGAUCUGAAUGGUGAUCCCAAUCCAGAAAGCUGGGAUCCAGAAAAGUUGCUGACGUGGUUUCCUUUUGAGCCAGACACCUGCCAAAACGCAUUUUCGCCCCAAGAGCUGGUGAUUAACACCGAGCUGUGUGGUGACUAUGCCGGCAACAUGUUUGAACUGACCCCUCUGAGCUUUGCCACAGGCUACAGAUCUGUGUUUGGCAAUUGCGCGGGUGGCAAGGAUUGUUGCAAGAAGUGGAUCCAGGAUUCCAGAGCAACGCGCUCUCUGAAAGACUAUGCAUAUUGGGAUAUUGACUACAUCAAGGUCUUCACCUUGCACGGCGAGAAGGACUACGCCCAAGCAAGUGGAACUUUCCUCCGCAAUGGAAAGGCCCUACACCUUCAGGAGGAAGAACAAGCCGAGCAGCUGCAAAAUCAGUUGCAGAAGCUCCACGAAGAGUAUGUCAACUUCAGGCAGCAAGCAGACAGGAUCCAGCGGAACAUGGAGGCAGAGCUGGAGGAUAACCAGGAAACCAUCACGCAUACCAAGGAGAGCCUGGCUCGGAUCCUUGAGGAGAAAUCCCGACUUGAGAAAGAGAAGGAGGCUCUCGAGGCUCGUCUCGGGUAUCAGAGCAAGGAUCUGGAGGAAGCCAAGGCACAAGCAGCUGCUGCCAAAGCCGAACUGGCCAAGAAGCCAGCUGAGAAACCUGAAUCUGAGCGCACGCUGGAGGCAACCAAAGAGUUCGAGGCCAAAAUUGCCACCUUGGAAGCCCAGUGCAGAGAGGCGUCAGCUGCACAGCGUGGUCUGCAGGAGGAACUCUCCGAGGCUGAGCGCGCAUUGGCAGCUGCUGAAGUUGAAAAAGACGAACUGAGAGAGCGAGCCCACCAAGCAGAGGUUCAGCUACAGCAAGAGUCUGCAGCAUCGGCAAAGAAGGCCGAGAAGGCCACCGAAAAGCUGCAGUCCACCUUGCGGGACUUGGAAGCUGCAAAGGCACAGCUUGAGGCGUGGUUCGGCUCAGCAGAAAGAGACCAGCUGAAAGAGAAUGCAGCUAAUGGAAAUCAGGCUGGAGAUGUCAAUUCUCGACAGCUGGAAUCCGAGAAGGCAGAGCUGGAAGAGAAGCUUCGACAAAAAGAAGAAGUCAUUCAGAAGUUGCAGGCAGAGAACAAGCAACUACAGGAGAAGGCCGAGCUGAGCUCUGAAACUUCUGAUGGAUCAGACUUUGCUUUGCCGUUGCCCGACUCUCCAGAGAAAACUCCGAAGUCCACCAGCCCCACGAAGGCAGAAAGAGAACAUUUGAAGAAGCUUGCGGAAGCAAAAGCAGAGGCCGAAGAGAUGGAAAGGCAACAUGCCGAUGCCCUGAAAGCCGCUCAGGCAGAAAAGGAGGCACUGGAAAAAUCGCUGGAAACCGCAAAGGCUGAGGCGGAGGCUAAGGAGAUAGAGCGGGCCGAUGCAGUGAAAGCAGCUGAGGCAGAAAAAGAGGCCCUGGAGAAAUCGCUAGAAACUGCAAAAGCUGAGGCUGAGGAGAGGGAAAAACAACAUGCAGAAGCCCUGAAAAGCAGUCAGGAAGAGAAGGAGAACCUGGAACAUGUUUCAACAACGGUUCAGGAGGCUGAAGAAAAAGAGAGGAGACUUGCUUCCACCAUCGAAUCCAUGCAGGCAGACAAAGAGAAACUGGAGAAACUACUUGAAACGGCCAAGCAGGAGGCGGAGGCUAAGGAGAUAGAGCGGGCGGACGCAGUGAAAGCAGCUCAGGCAGAAAAAGAGGCCCUGGAGAAAUCGCUAGAAACUGCAAAAGCUGAGGCUGAGGAGAGGGAAAAACAACAUGCAGAAGCCCUGAAAAGCAGUCAGGAAGAGAAGGAGAACCUGGAACAUGUUUCAACAACGGUUCAGGAGGCUGAAGAAAAAGAGAGGAGACUUGCUUCCACCAUCGAAUCCAUGCAGGCAGACAAAGAGAAACUGGAGAAACUACUUGAAACGGCCAAACAGGAGGCGCAAGAAAAAGAAGAGAGCCUUGCUGGAACGGCAGACGCCCUGAAGGCAGAGAAAGAAACAUUACAGCAGGAAUUAAGAACAGCCCAGAAAGACGCAAAAGAGGCGGAAGAGAAAGAGAAAAAGAUCAACAAACGCCUGGAGCAGCUGCAGGCUGCCAACAAAGAUCUUGAAGAUCAACUCCGAGCAAGUCAAGAAGAGGCAGCGGCCCAUUUGAAAGCCCAGCUCUCUGGGGAUCAGGCCAGUGUUCGGCUCAAAGAGAAAUUGGCGGAGAUGGAAGCAGCCAAGGCCACCGCAGAGUCUGCCAAGACAACCUUGGAGGAGAGGCUAAGUGAGAAGAACGAGGUGAUUAGUGACCUUCGAAGCGAACUUCACAAAUUGGAGGCGGAUAAGGACAAAUCUGAGCGUUUGACGAUCUCAAUGAAGAAGGAGGCAGAUGAAAAGGAGAACCAGCUGAAGCAAAAGCUGGAAGCUGCACAGGAGGAAGCCAAAGCAUCUGCACAGCGCUUGCAGGAAACCUUGGCAGCCAAGAAGGAGGUGGAAGAGGAGAAGGAACGAGCAGAAGCUGCAGCGGCGGAAGCAGAGGAAAAGUUGAAAGCUGCCCAAGAUGAGGUCCGAACGGCAAGGGAAGCACAGCAUGCGAGUGAAGAGGCUUGCCGGAAGAUGGAGGCAAGCGCUUCAGAGAAAGCAACUGCUUUGGCAGACCUUGAGGCAAGCUUCUGUUCAAUCAAAACUCCCAAAUCUGCAAAGUAA